AUGCCUCCUGGAAAUAAAGACAAUAAAAGAAAGAGAAAGGUUGAAACCAAUCUCAAUGAUGAAGAAUAUCGAAGAAAGAGGGAUAAAAAUAAUUUGGCAGUGAAAAGAUCGAGGGAUAAAACAAAACAAAGAACAAAACAGACAUUAGAUAGAGUAAAUCAAUUAAAAUCGGAAAAUGAAACUUUAGAGGAAAAAAUUAAGCUUCUUACAAAGGAGCUUAGCUUUUUAAAAAAUUUGUUUUUGGCUCAUGCUGGUUCUAAUAAUGGAAUUGAUUUAAGAGACAUAAAUUUAACUGCCUUAUUACAGGAAAAUGAAGAAGCUUCUUCUGCAGCUCUGAAAGAAUUAAUAAACAAUUCAAAUCUUGAAGGAAACAAAUCAUAA